CAUCCUUGAACGUGAUAAACUUCUCCUCCUUAUCUGAGACGCUGAGGAAAGUGUUGACUGGAACGGAACACCGCAUGGCAUUUUGGGGUGUCUCCCUUCAGCUUGUCUUUGGUCUGGAUAACAGUGGCAGUAUCGUUGACUAACGUAAAUGGAAUUAUGUUCAUUUAAAAAGUAUCUACAAAAAAACUGUCAAUUAGAAAAUCAUCGUUGAACACUCACUGAAUGCAUCUCCUUUGUCUCCUGGAGAAUUUCAUUUUUAGCAACUUCAAGGAAGAAAGUAAGCUUUAUGAUUUGGUGAAUCAAAUUCAUCUCCUUAGAUGGCACCUUCAAUCAAGGAAACUGAAGGAGAACCUCGGGCAAUGCCAGGAGUCUUCACUUCAUCAUGAGACACAGGAGCUUGGGAUCCAGGCUUCAGCUGCCUCCACUCAGCUGAUUUCUCUACGUUUGCAGUUGUGGAGAGGUCUGAAAGGGAAGAGUAUGAUGGGAAAGAGAAUGGACUCCAUCUUUUCAGAGACAUUUGGCUGCUGUAUAGGACCCCUUGAUGAUGGGGUAAAAGGCUCCAUGUCCUGUGCAGAAGAGGGACAGAGUUCCCCUGCGGGAGAAGGUUGUUCACCUGAGCCAGUCCUGCCUGCUCCGUUAACAGAGUCUGAAGGGCUUGAGGCCAACCAGAAGACUCUUCAUGGUGAAUCAUCACCCUCUGUUGUCAUCUGGGGUUCCAGGAUCUGGCACCAUGAUAAAGGGAUCCCUGAGAAGACUCAGGCCAUCCAGGGCCACUGGACUACCGUCAGCAACACGUGGUGUGGACCUGACCCGGGAUUCCCUUACAGCUGGAGUGGAGAACAAAAGACCACAAGAGAGGUGGAGGAAGGAAGGCACAAACCACAGAAUGUGGGUGACUUCUAGAAGCUUGAAAAAGCCAGGGAAUGGAUCCUCCCCUAGAGCCUCC